AUGAUAGGAAAUAUUCUUCUAAACAUAGGAGACAUCCCAGCUCAGCCUGGAAUUCAAGGGUAUAUCGAAGUUAUUAAUGGAGAAAAUCUUGUAGCUCAAGCCAAAGAAGCGGCAACCGCUACGACGGGCUUAAUUCUUAAGCCCUAUAGCAUCUAUACAUUUAUAAACUGCUUUUCAGAAGAAGGGGCCGAGCUUGUAAAGGCCCGUUUAUCUGAAGUUAGUUCUAAACCUUGGUCAGAAUCUAACCCAGAAGUAUUUUUUGGAUUUUUUGAUUCGUAUCUUGGACCUAAGUCAGAGCUGGGCAUUUCUGUUCAUGGAGCCAAAGUUCUAAUUUAUGCAUCUCCAAGGCAAAAGUAUAUAAAAGAUGAUAGUGACGAAGAAGAAUUCGAGCAGAAUGACCAGAAAAUUAAUAUAGAAUUCAGUAUUGGUCAUGAAAUUGGAACUAUUCUUGCAAGUGAAAAUAAAAUAAUAGAUGCUCUCAAUGCCUUAAGACUUAGAAUUUCUUAUAGUCGAGUGUCUUUAUUUUCUGAAGAACUGCUAAAUCGAAUUUAUGAACUAUUUUUUGCUGAAGACAGCGAAGUAUUUGGAUUUACUAAAAUCCCUCUAACUUUAAUGGAAAGCGGAGAUCUUCAAUUAAAUUUCAAGUCUGCAAGUGAAUUGCCUGAUUAUUGAAAAGAUAAGGCUAGAAAAUUUGUUGAAAAUGAAGAGUUUUUUAAUAAUGAUAUAAAAAUCUUAUGCCCUCAAAUAUUGACUUGUUUAGGAGAGCUUGCUGAGCAUACUACAGGGGAAUUAGAUGCAUUUUGGUCAACCAAUAGCAAAUUUCAAAAACUUAAAAUUUAUCCAGGUGGCCUUUUCCGUGGUUUUGUGCAUUAUUAA